AGAGCAGUAACUCCGUGCGACCGACCGCCCGUGGUUACCGUGACUGAAUCUCGUCCUGCGGCUCCAGGCCUCAGCCACCUGUUUUUUCAGCAACUCUUCACGGAUAGCAGCCGAGAACUCUCCUGUCAACUCCCGCUUCCCCUUCUUCUUUCCCUUUGAGACAGGUCCCAGAUCCGCGCGCCGUUUCCCGCUCAUACCUUCGGGUUGCUUUGCCUCCCAAGCUAGGAGGCUGCUACGAGUAGCGCGCCAUGCGGCAAAUGCUUUGCACCCACUGCUACUACAAUUCCUAGAAUUCCCCCACCACUCACGAUACGCCCAAUGGAAAAAAGAAAGCCGGGAAGAGGCGGGGCCUAACUUGUCUUUGCCAAUGGGUGCCUCUGGUGGUGCAAAGUCCUUGCUGUGAUUGGCUAUGCGACGCUCUGGUUAAGGAGACUAGCUCCCUUCUACGAUUCGAGCCCGACGCUGCGGAAGGAUAGGUCAGAGUGGACUUCCGGUGAGCGUCGGCCCUCUUCUCUUGUGCCUCCAUGUUAAUGGCGGUAGCGGUUGCCGAAGUGGGACUCUAAUCCGGUUUCAAAGGGGAGCAGCUUUUUCUUUCAGCUUCCGUCUGCCCCUGCCAGCACUCGCUCGCCAGCAUGUCUGUUGUGCCGCCCAACCGUUCGCAGACGGGUUGGCCCCGGGGUGUGAACCAGUUCGGGAACAAAUACAUCCAGCAGACCAAGCCUCUCACCCUGGAGCGCACCAUCAACCUGUACCCACUUACAAAUUAUACCUUUGGUACAAAAGAGCCCCUUUAUGAAAAGGACAGCUCUGUGGCAGCUCGGUUUCAGCGGAUGAGGGAAGAAUUUGACAAGAUUGGAAUGAGGCGGACUGUAGAGGGUGUUCUGAUUGUGCAUGAGCACAGGUUACCCCAUGUGUUACUUCUGCAACUGGGCACAACUUUUUUCAAACUACCUGGUGGUGAACUUAAUCCAGGAGAAGAUGAAGUAGAAGGACUCAAACGUUUAAUGACAGAGAUACUGGGACGUCAAGAUGGUGUUCUGCAAGAUUGGGUCAUUGAUGACUGCAUUGGUAACUGGUGGAGACCAAAUUUUGAACCCCCACAGUACCCAUAUAUUCCAGCACAUAUUACAAAGCCUAAAGAGCACAAAAAACUCUUUUUGGUACAGCUUCAAGAGAAAGCCUUGUUUGCAGUCCCCAAAAAUUACAAACUGGUAGCUGCGCCAUUGUUUGAAUUAUAUGACAAUGCACCAGGAUAUGGACCUAUCAUUUCCAGCCUUCCUCAGCUUUUAAGCAGGUUCAAUUUCAUUUACAACUGAAUUCCUGAGCCGUGGAAGAGUAAAAGAAGCCGUCUCUGUGAGCACAGCUAUACAAUGUAGAAGAAUAAACAGAAUAGGAAGUUUCUUUUUGUUCCCCCUCCCCCCCUUAUUUUUCCUCAAAUUGCCUCAUACUUUAUAUUGUUUGCAUAGUAAAGUGAAUCUGAAGAACUGUCCUAGAUAGUGGUGUAAACAAAUGUGAUAAUGUAUAUUUCACUUUUGGUUCUACCCAUACUUUUUGUACAACAUUAAACAAAGUGGACCUGUUUCUAUUCGCAGUUUUUACUUUAUAUUAAAUCUUUCCUUUAAAUCCUUACAGGUGAGGAUCAUAAUAUUUCCUUUUAGGCUGGUAGUUAUUAACAGAAAGCUGGAGAUUUAGUGUACAAAAGUACAAUGGUCCCUGUUGUGAUGUCAUUGUAAGGGUUUUGAAGCAUAAUCAUGUUUCAGGAGAGAUCCUUCAGUUAUUUCUGAGAUUUAGGUCUCCUCACAUGGAAUCUAAGGAUUCUUCAAAAAAGUAGGGACCCUCAAAUAUUUACUUGGAAACUGGUGAGACUAUGUUUCAAAGUCAAGAUAGGAGUGGUCUAAAAUGAGAGACUACUCUUCAGUUUUUUUAUUUAGUGGAAAGGUAAGUCUGUAUGUAGUGAUAUUUUGUUUAUUUAAUACAAAAACACAUCAUUUGAUAUGGACUGUCUUUCCAAAUUAUUUUUAAAACUUUAGUAAAAACAUUGAUCUGUAAUGGUUAGUUGACACCCUUUAAAGUACAGGUUUUUCAUGGUUUUAUUCACUGGGUGUUUUGGUGGUCUGAGACAUGGAUAUAACAUAAAUGUUAACCUAAACUAUAUGUAUAUGUGUGUAAAUUGAAGAGAAUAUAGUCAUGGAUAUUAGCACUGAAAAUUUCAUUCAAAAUAUUUUUUGUAAUCUAAAUUAAUUUGGCAGUGAAGAAAGGGCAGAAGCUAACUUUUUGUAUGUGCAAAUAAAAGUACACCCAUGAAAUGAAGACUUUAAAAUCUGUGCCUAAUUAAAUUUAAAUUUAUUUGAAAAAGUUUCAUGAGUGAAGGAAUUUUUCCAAAUUCAUAUUAAUAAUAUCUGCUUUUUCAGGAUGUGUGUAUAUUAUUAAGAUUUUAAUAUAGAAAUUAUUGAUAAUGGGCUUUAAUGGAAAGGAAUCAAGAGCUAAUUUUAACAACUGAUAGCUUAAGGUUUAUAUAAUUAGGUAUAAAAUCAAUAUACAGCAGUAAAUUGAUGUUAUAAAUGAGUUCUCUUGAGUCCCUAAUUAUCUCUGAUACCUAGUACAGUAAUUCUGUUAAAUAAUCCCACAUGUGGGAAUUAAACAUUAUUCCUAAAUUCUCUUGUCUCCAGUUGAAAAGCAAGGUAUUUUUAUUUGCUUUUUGCCUAAACUGAAAUACUAGUUGUUCAGAAGAGUGCUGUAGAAUUGAGCUGAGCCCAUAUAUAUGUGCAUUCAUAGACUGGAAUAUCACCUGAAACCUAGAUCGUGUUUAUUUGCUGUUAUGACCAGAUGGUACCAUUCAUCUAUUUAGUUAGUUUAAUUAGUCAUUCAGGAGUUAUUGGACUGGCUUUUGGAUGGCAUCAGUAUGGCCUGAAUGUGACUUUAUUGAAUAGCCCUGUUCAGGAAGUUAGGGAGAUUUGAUCUGGAAAGCCAUAUAGCUAAUUGCUUUAUGUCUACCUGGCCUCAUUUCGCAGGCAGUGCAGUCUGUUCCCUUUUCCAUUCCUACCCUGUGGAAAGUUGCAGAUUGCACUGUCCUUUGAAUAAGUGCAUACUUGCUUCUGCAAGGGAAACCAUGUGUAAAUAUACCUCAUCCUUUCUUGAUGUACUUUUUGAGGGUGGGAAAUGGGGGAGUUCUUUGUGUGUCUGUGAUAUUAUGUGUGUAUGAUUUUUUUUUCUAUUAAAAUAGAUCCUUGGUCAGA